UUCCUCCUCGUGUUUGCGGCACGGCGUGCUCUGAGUUCUCGACCCGCGCUCAUCUUUUCGUCUCCCUCCAUCAUCCUGAACCUAGACAAUCCGCAGUCCAGAUCGUCAUCUUCCCAUGUCAGACCAGAGGCAACAGGCAAGGGCCAAACACGGCCACGCUGCAUCGACGGCCGCCCCGGCCCCGCGGAAAGUUCGAUUUAAUGUUGGUACCAACUACCAGGUACUCGAUGUCGUCGGUGAGGGAGCCUAUGGCAUUGUCUGCAGCGCCGUGCACCGCGCGAGCGGUCGCAAGGUCGCCAUCAAGAAGAUCGCGCCCUUCGACCACUCAAUGUUCUGCUUGCGCACUCUGCGCGAGCUCAAACUCCUCAAGUUCUUGUCAGAGGCGGGCGUCUGCGAGAACAUCAUCUCCAUCCUCGAUAUAAUCAAGCCGCCCUCAAUUGAGCAGUUCAAGGAGGUCUACCUCAUCCAAGAACUCAUGGAAACCGACAUGCACCGUGUCAUCCGCACGCAGGACCUCUCCGACGACCAUGCGCAGUACUUCGUGUACCAGACCCUCCGCGCGCUCAAGGCGUUGCAUUCCGCCGACGUCAUCCACCGCGACCUUAAGCCCUCCAACCUGCUCUUGAAUGCCAACUGCGACCUCAAGGUCUGCGACUUUGGCCUCGCACGGUCUGUCAAGACCGCCGAGCCCUCUGGCACGGAGACGGGUUUCAUGACGGAAUACGUCGCAACACGAUGGUACCGCGCGCCAGAAAUCAUGCUUACCUUCAAGCAGUACACGAAGGCUAUUGACAUUUGGUCUGUUGGCUGCAUCCUUGCCGAGAUGCUGUCCGGCAAGCCUCUGUUCCCCGGUCGCGACUACCACCACCAGCUCACGCUCAUCCUUGACGUUCUCGGCACACCGACGCUCGACGAGUUCUACGCCAUCUCCACCCGCAGAUCUCGCGAUUACAUUCGCGCGCUGCCCUUCAAGAAGAAGCGCUCCUUCGCUACCCUCUUCCCCAACGCCACCCCUCUCGCCGUCGACUUCCUCUCACGAACCCUCACGUUUGAUCCGAAGAAGCGCAUCACCGUUGAGGAGGCCCUCGAGCACCCAUAUUUGGAGGCGUACCACGACCCAGAAGACGAGCCCGUCGCACCACCACUAGACCCGGAGUUCUUCGAGUUCGAUCUCCACAAGGACGACAUAAGUCGUGAGCAGCUCAAGGAGCUCCUGUACGACGAGAUCAUGUCCUUCAACCCCGCCCCCAUCACAUAAUCAGCGUGCUAUCGCGGGAUCGUAUCGUCAGUCGCCCUCCUGUCUUCUGUGCGAUCUCCACUCACCAUAUGUACUCAUUAGAUUCUUAUACACUUGGGCUUUGCGUUGUCGCCGUCUCCCCCUUUCCCUCUUGGACUUCUCUGCGCGUG